CACUAGAAUUUUACUUUCAAAGUCAUAAAAUCCCUAGGCAGUGCUUUCUAGGUUAUGUUAGUGCUGUUUAGGGACUUUUGAUCAAAAUUUGCAAUAUUUUUUUUUAAUCGAAGGAUGUGAAUACGAAGUGGUUAUAAAAUGCUCAAAGAACUUACGUAUUCCGGGGGAAAAAAAAAAGCGAAAAAGUCACGUUCACGCGAUAAAGCCAGUCCACGUUGGUGUCCUUAACACUUAGGCUCGACCAAGCCGUGCAGUCGAUGCAGUUUUUUCGGUGCACAUUCUAGAUAAGUGGUCUCGUGGUCUCGAACGUGACGCGAACAUCAGCGUUUGCGAUGGUGGUGGAGGUUGAUUACCAUCGGGUGGAGGGCGGCUGCAGGGCCCAGGGCGAUGUGGCUUGCAAGUGGGAAAACUCGAGGAGGUGAUAACGACUUCUGACCUUCCGUGAGAGCGUGUACCGUGGCGUAGAGGGCCUUGCCAUCGAUCGUCAAGUAAAAGGCUCACCAUUCGGAAGAAAACGAAGCAGAAGAGUAGAACGAAGACGAAGAAGAAGAAGAAGAAAAAGAAGAAGGAAAUACAACAACGACGAAGGAGAAGAAGCAACGGAGAAGGAGAGAGUGAGUGAGGCGAGCUCUAGGGGGGACAGAGGAUCACACACGUGUUCUUUGGAAAGAGAAGAGAAAAAGGGGGUUGAAAAAAAAGGCGGGAGAACCUUGAAAAGUAGUCCCUUCCCCAUUGGCGAGUUUGCCGGACAAAUACAAAUACACACAUACACGAUAUAAUAAUACACAUAUACAUAAAACAUUCUCUCCACAGCGGGAUCGCUGUCUACGUUUAAACAAAAUAAAAAAAAAAAAGAACUUCUACCUUGAGAACAUAUACCUCGUGCGUACAAGUACCUUCAAACUUAACCUCUUUCGCAGCGCAAUAGUGCCUAGGCCCCUCUGAAGAAAAUAAUAAUAAUAUUAUAUAUAAUAACGUCGUUAUAAUAUAUAUUAUAUAUAUAUUAUAUAUAUGUAUAAUAUAUAUGCAGUGAGAAAGAAGAGAGAAGGGAAACAAAUUUAAUGAACAGAAACGACGAGAAGAGUAUAACGUUUUAAUUAUAUAUAUACACACACAUAUAUGUAUAUCUUCAGUCAACAACGAACGGACAAGUCACAUAUGUACACGUACCACAUGUACAUGCUCUUCGUGACCGUCGUUUGUAUGGAUUGAAAGCAGUAAGUUUUGCAGACUUGUUUGGACACCACAUACCGGUGAGAGAUCAGUACUGUCAUCCUGAUUGACAGAGGAUCUUAUCAGGAAAUUGUCGUUGAUAACGGUACCUCCACAAUCCUCCAACCCUCUAAAGCCCUUUUAAUCGAUUCUACGAACCAGGACAGCGAAGUACCUGCAGACACAGAUAUAUUUAUAAGAAUAAUUUAUAUGGAUCAUAGAAGUGUAAUUACCGAUACUAAAUAAUUAACGAGGAGGAUAGCGGUAACAGCUAAGGGCAAAGAGAAUAAUAAUUAUUAAAUAUUGAAUAUAAUAAUAACGUAAGCUGCUAAUCGAGAGAGAGAGAGAGACGUAGAGGAGAGGAGACAAAGAAGGGAGGAAGAUUGUACAAGAGGAGUGUGAACGCUUAAAUAAUUUUACACGCGCUACGGUUAGAGUACUUCUACUUUGCGAUUAAUCUACUCAGCGAUUGCGGGGCCUGUUCUACGUAUAUAUCAAGAUACCUCAAAGAAGUAACGGGCGACGAUUCGAAUCGAUCAGCAUGCAUCUGGAGGCGAGUUUCGAGGCGCGUGUCAAGAUGCGGUAGAAGAAAUUCCUCGAGAAGAAUUGACGACGCUGUCCAGAAGAAAGCGAGACUCGAGUCGUGCCCGUGCGUGAUACACAGGACAUAAGCACACGCAUAAUAUCGGUUCAAAGCGACAACCAUAAGAUUAAGAAUCAUCAUAAGUAGUAUCCUUCAGUAAUAACCAGUAGAGGGUGAGCCAUUUCAAAACACAGGGGCUAUACAUCCCGUACGAGUCAUAGCCUCUGACAAACAGAAACCACUGCCUGCCCUAAGUGUCCAAGUCUCGAAUCAUUCAGGAGACUCGUCGCCGUUUGGAUCAGUCGAUCCAGGACACCAGACAUCAAAGAUUCAGAGCAAAAGUGACCCUGUAGACACCCAGGAAGACAUCCCACGAGAUCUCUAGGGGUACGUGGACAGUGGUGAGCAGAGGAGCCGUCACGGUGGCCAGCUUAGUGAGCGGCAACGUAGCAGUGCGUUACGAUGAGGCGUCGGGAGUGGUUGGCACGGGGGGUGUCGUGUUGGCAGCCACUUCCAGGUUAGCCACAGCGGAUCCAGCCACCUCCAGCAUGGACACCAGCGACUCCAGCAUGGACACGACGAACGGAGGCUCGAGCACCACCGUGGCCGGGGUGCCGGGCGUCGGAACGAUCGCCUCGGUGGUCGCUGGAGCGGCGUCCUUGACGCUGGUCAAGGCCGAGACGCCGGAACACUUGGCCGGCACGUCGACGACGCCUUCGUCGGUCACCGGACCUGUGACGACGGCCGCAGGUCUGUUCGCCGGCAUCGUGAGCGCCAACAAGACUCCAAGACCGGACGACUGGCUGUCCACUAAUAGUCCUGGGUCCCCGACGGCUGCGCUGCAGAGUCAACACGUGGUCUACACGACUCCGCAGCAACAGCUGACCGAUUCGCAGCAACCGCCUCUGGCGCACUCCAGCCCCCUGGCGCAUCAGCAGCCAUCCAACAGCAACAAUGGAUACGCCAGCCCCAUGAGCACCAGCAGCUACGAUCCUUACAGUCCCAACAGUAAGAUAGGUAGGGACGAGCUGUCGCAGCCUGGCUCCUUGAACGGCUAUGGAAGCAGUGGAGGCGGUGGUGGAGGAGGCGGAGGAGGCGGCGGAGGCGGUGGCAGUGAUGGCUGCGACGCCAGGAAGAAGAAAGGACCCACGCCGAGACAGCAGGAAGAACUGUGCCUCGUCUGCGGCGACCGUGCCUCCGGGUAUCACUACAACGCGCUGACCUGUGAGGGCUGCAAAGGCUUCUUCCGGCGCAGCAUCACGAAAAACGCGGUUUAUCAGUGUAAAUACGGGAACAACUGCGAGAUCGACAUGUACAUGCGGCGCAAAUGUCAGGAAUGCAGGUUGAAGAAGUGUUUGACGGUCGGCAUGAGGCCAGAAUGCGUCGUGCCCGAGUACCAGUGCGCCGUCAAGCGUCAGGAAAAGAAAGCACAGAAGAGUACGAAUGUUUCAUUGCAGGAGAAGGACAAACCGAACAGUACAACGAUGAACGGUUCUCCGGGCAGUGGAAUACGCGCCGAGCCGAUGGGCGUGAAGAUCGAGCCAGCCGAGGCCGAAUCGUUGUCCACGUCCGGAAGCAGCGGCAUCCUAACGCCGGUCAGCCCUUACGGUUACGUGAAACCGAUCAGUCCGGAACAGGAGGAGCUGAUACACAGGCUCGUGUACUUCCAGAACGAGUACGAGCAACCCAGUGAAGAGGAUCUCAAGAGGAUCACGAAUCAGCCCUCAGAAGGAGAAGACAUUAGUGACUACAAGUUUAGGCACAUCACCGAGAUCACGAUCCUGACGGUGCAGUUGAUCGUCGAGUUCUCGAAAAGGUUACCUGGCUUCGAUGAGCUGAUGCGAGAGGAUCAGAUUGCCCUUUUGAAGGCCUGCUCCAGCGAGGUGAUGAUGCUUCGGAUGGCGAGGAAGUACGAUGUGCAGACGGACAGCAUAAUAUUCGCCAACAAUCAGCCAUACAGUAGGGAGAGCUAUAACCUGGCGGGUAUGGGGGAGACGAUCGAAGAUUUGUUACACUUCUGCCGGCAGAUGUACGCCAUGAAGGUGAACAACGCCGAGUACGCGUUGCUGACCGCCAUUGUUAUAUUCUCAGAAAGGCCAAACCUGCUGGAAGGUUGGAAAGUGGAAAAGAUCCAAGAGAUUUACUUGGAGGCGUUGAAGGCGUACGUGGACAAUCGGCGCAGGCCAAAGUCCGGUACGAUCUUCGCGAAACUGUUGUCCGUUCUGACGGAGCUGAGGACCCUCGGCAACCAGAACAGCGAGAUUUGCUUCAGUCUGAAGUUUAAGAACAAAAAGCUGCCACUUUUCCUCGCCGAGAUCUGGGACGUGACACCUUAGUUUGCCCGGUGAACAACCGAUCGUCGGCUGAAUCCUUGUUUCAUCGGUCCGCAUGACGUUGUCGAGGGGACUACGCUGGAGUGCAGCAGCAUCAUCGAGACCCAGACGUGAAGAAAACGUGGACACGUAAAGAGAUAGAAAGAGAGACAGAGAGAACUCCUGUACUAGUGCACCACCAUGCCACUGCCUGAACGUGUCAGCGAGUCGACCGGUGUCUCAGGAGCACCGGUUCGUACAAAAAUUCGCUUCUACUCUCAACUUUUGCUCGAGGUGUACUCCAUGGCACCUCGGCAUCGUGAAAUGUUGCACGAGUUCACAACAGGUACAGCCCGAGGAGGCUGCGAUAAAUGGUUAGAACGAAGGCAGUGGCGAGGCACCCAGGCUGUGAUACGUAGAGACAGUACAGAGACUGUAAUAAGGAGCUACCUACAGUUAUGUUAUUACUAUAUCCUCUUACCUGGCUACCCCCGGAAUCGAUAUGUAAAUGUAUAAUGUAUAAUGUAUAAGGUAUCGACUAAGGCGAGCGUGUUGUACGAGCAGAUCGAGCGAGUACGAAUCUAAUUAAGAGCUAAGGACGCAGAAUGUAUGUGUGCAGAUGAAAGAAUGAGCGUGUGUAAACGGUAUGCGUGCGGCAAUUCGGCUGAGAUGUGACCACAAAUGAUGAUGAUGAUGAUGAUGGAGAGAAAGGAUUAAUCGCACCGUAGUUUGUGGAAAAGGAAGUAUAGAAAAGAGUACAGGCGGGUCAGCUGUUGAGCAGCGAACUCAGCCAACAUACGAAUCGAGUGCGAAUUAACAAAGAAAAAUAAUUGAUGAUGAUGAUGAUAUAACAGAUGAUACGAUUAUACAUAAUGAUACCAUAGAGUCUAUAUCACAACACAUAGCAUAAUAAUAUAUUGCUAGCAUGUACACAUUGUUUAUACGUGAUGAGGGAAGAGAAAGAGCGCGAUAGGGAACGAGGAGAGGAUGGAUAAAAAUGGCGGAAAGAAACGGGGGGUUAAUCCGCGACGAGGCUUGGCAUUUGCGCGUAUCCGGGUUUUCUUUUUUCGCGAACUGUGCGUGGCAACUGGAAAGGUAAAUCGAGAGAAAGCGAGAGAGAGAAAGAGAGAAUAAGCGUUAGUAGCAACCGUAGGAAGUUAAGUAAAAAGUAAAAGUAAGCGAGGCUAGUUGGUAGUAGGUCGUAGUAAGUCAGUGAAGCUAGGCUAGGUGGACCGAGUUCAAGUGCAAAGCCUUGUGCCUUCAGCAGCGGACAUCGGCUCACCGACAAACGAAAGCAUGAAAUUUAACCGUCCGUUUUAAUUUUUUAAUAAAAAAAAAAGAAAAGAAAAAUCAACAAAAUCAAGUAAAAUAUUGUAAAUCUGUGCAGAGAGAGAAUGAGAGAGAGGGAGAGCAUGGUGUGACCAGGAAAGAUAAAUUGGUCUAGACGGUGAGAAAGAAGGGAAGAAUGAAAGAGACGGGGGAUGAGAGAGAAACCGAGUGAAUGAGACACAGAGGAAAGGAGCAGGGUUUCGCGAGAAAUUUGACAAGAACCGGAAACAAAGAUCUUUCUAAGGAGAAACACGGAACAGGGUCGCGCUAGGUGAGCUUUAGAGGGUUCGAAGGGAUAUUCGCUCGACAACUUGGGUCUCGUAGGGCCCUGAGACAUAAUAUGCUAGCAUUAAAAACCACACUCGAUCGUUAUGAACAAAUAUCGCGCUGAGAAUUAAUUAGCUUCUGAGACUGACUUUCAAUCUGGCUCGUACAUCAAUGGAGAGUGAGACGAACACAUACCACACACACGUUACACAUAUUCACACUUGUACACGAGCGCGUACGCACAUUCGUAGACAUUUAACCUCAGUCCAUGGAGUCGGAAACACUGGGCUUGGACCCCGAACGGAAAGAUCUAAGACACUCGUGAUUCGACACACAGAUUACAAUAAGAUUCUCAAUGUUGUAACACUGUAACUCUAUGCUAUUAACUGAUUGUACGCAGUUGUAUUCCGUAGUAAGUUAAACGAAAAUUCGUGUAAAUGUGUAACAGAAGAGGAGAAACGAUCAAGAGACAGCUGGAAUAAAAAAGGAUAAGAGAAAGUAAUCGAAUCAAAUACAGUGACACGAGAGGAAGGAUGACUAAGUACUUCGCCUAGGACAAAUAGAAACAUCCUACACACGCGUAUCGUGUUUUACUAUUGUACAGUUAUACCAGUCGCACGUUGGCGGCGUGUCACUAUACUCAAAGUAAUAACGUCGUUUCUCUUCGGUCCGGUCGGUUCGGUGCCCCGAAGAGAAUUCUUCGAUGCCUCGGACCUAACCUGAUCUUACCAUGAUAAGAGAACCGUCUAACCUGCCUCAAGGCAGACACUGCCACACCGCAGAAUAGCGUGGAAGAAGAGGAUGAACGCGAGAAACCAUCACCGCCAUCGCCCCGCCGACGUGCUUAGCCGCUUCAACUUCAAGGCGGCACGUGCUGUUCUUCAGAACUAGAGAAAUAUCCUUAAGAAACCUCGAACAUCAUCCCAGAACGUUGCUGGAAGCCAUCAUCUUUGUCUGUCAUUAGUCCUGGACCUUGGGACAUACUGUUCCUUGGUCAUGGGUCCGCAAGUCGGGAUUUGGAAUUAUUCUGGGUCACAUAGUCUGAAAGAAGACAAUGGAGAUGAAAUAGUGACAAUUUGGACGGUUUAAAUUGAUCUCAACAAGGGAGAGUACUCCUGGCCAGCAACGCGUCCGGAUGAAGACACAUAUGUACAAAAACACAUCACCAUGGAACACCACCUGCACACACCUGUACUCCGCAUUGCUGUAACUCACUCUAUCGUUAUCGAGUGCUUUCAGACACGCCGUUUUUUGCUAUAGACGCCGAGAAAACGAAGGAUGAAUCGCCUAUUUGUUAUUAUACAUCUUGUAAAAGUAGAGGCCGUGCAUCGUCGAUCCGUGGCAGAUGUCCUUAUUGAAGCUCCACGGUUCGACGAUACUCAAUAUUGUUCGUUCGAACAGUAGCAUUCUUGAAAAGAAUUAACUUUUAAGCGUGAGAACAGCUUUGUUAAGUCUUUGAAUAAUUCCUUGUCGACUCGCUUUUAAGUGAACACCAUGCAAUGAUGUACACUUGUUGAGAAUAGGGGGAUGACCUUUGUAAAAAUUGUGUUCUCCCAUGCGGGACACGGUUUCUCUUUUUUUUUUAUGUUUCGUAUUUUUGAAUGAUCGAGCUCUUUCCUUUCUUUCUAGAAAGUGUUUUCUACAAUGAACUUCCGUUGAACGAAGCUUCUUGUAACAUUGUUAAAAUUCUAUUACACGUUGUUUAUUCUGGAUUAGCUGCGUUUCUUUUUCUUUAGCCUGUAAAGAGUCGAAAGAUCGUGCAAUAAGAGGGCAGUCUGGCUGGAAGCGUCGAUAAGUCCCAGUAUGGGAGAACGCGAAGAACGUUCCCGAAGGGAAUGCAUCCCUGUGUUUCUCCAAGCGCAGAGUAGAAAAAUCGUCACGAACCGUCGACGGCAGGUCGCGUCAUCGACACAAUUCCAUCUUCCACGAUCAUAGUGUUUAGAACCGCCCUGUUGACAGGCUUUGCCCAUCGAAGAACGCCAUCACCGUGAUUCCCAGCAUGGCGUCCCAUCGGUUCGCGCGUUCGACGCCAGAGGGCGUCGAUAAACGCGGGAACCGACCGCCUGUAGCUACGGGACAGGUUUAACAUCGAAGAGAUUCACAAACGGGAGAGGAAUCAAGGUGAACCGCAUCCUUCGGCUAAUCAGAAACCGGUCACACGUUGCUCCGUGGGUGAACCGAAAGGAAUUGAAGGCAAAAGACAGAGAGAGAGAGUGAGAGGGAAGAGGGUGGGAGUGUCAGAGAGAGAGCAAUUGGAAGGGUAUGAGCGUCGAUCCACGUGCACAUACAUGCAGAGAGACAGUACAUAUUCAUACAGGCAGACACACACACGCGAACGAAAGAAAUAAUACAUGCAAUUCUACGAUCACUGCCAAGGGCGUUUUUAACCGUCGACGUCGAUUUCUCAUUGUCUAAAUGUGUCGUUUUAGUCGUCGUCGUCGUUUUCUCGAGAAGCUGCUGCAAAACGAUUCUAAUUAUACGAAAAAGAAGGACACUACCAUUUGCGCGUCACAGAUGACAUCUAGAGAUAUUUAAGCGAUAACAAAAACGAAAAAAAAAAAAAAACUGCAAAAAAUAUAUUAUAUUAUAUAUACAUACAUACAUACACAUAUAUGUAUAUAGUAUGUAUGUGCGCCCGUUCGAGUUUGAAUUUUCUCGCGAGCGAUUGUUCAUGAUAACUGCCAAGCGUAGACUCGAGUUUCUCUGUUUUUUAAGGGACAAAACUAUAAUACUCCUUUUAAAUGUGUCGUUGAGCCAUACACACACAAGUACAGGCAUGCACAUAAACGCGCCCUCCCCAUACACACACAUACAUGCACUCGUACACGAAUUACACAAUGUGAAUAUGUGUCAUAUGUAUGCGCAUCAUGCCGCAAUCUCUCUUGUCUGUCUGUCUGUUUGUCCACCCAGGUACCCUGAUCUGUCAGUUUCUCCUAGAUGUCUCUUUUCGCCUGUUGUACAUACUAAUAGACGAGCUGAUACGUACAUAACGUGUUAAUAUAUCAGGUAAUAGAUCAGAGCAACCGCGGUGACUAUUAGCCAAUGAAAUCGCGACAGGAGGUUGCAAAUCCGUAAGUCAAAGAUGCCACUGAUAAUAAGAAAUGUUAAAGGGUUAAAUUCAUUUGGUUUGGUAAAUUCUUUGGCCACUUAUUCUUUGAUAAGUUAGGCGGGAUAGGUGGAUACCCAAGGGUGCCCAGUGCACUUUAAAUUAUUAUUUUAUCAAAUAGGUACAUAGUAUUGAGUAAAUCUAGGAGGGGAUAGUGGUACACUUACAUCAUUGGGUUGAGAUUACAAAACACUGAUCAUCAAAGCAUUAAAAUCAUAAAGAAAGCAAAUUAUAGAUAAACAUCUUGCCAUUGCUUCUAGACAGGUUUAGCGCCCUCUUGUCGCGCUUAUCUCCUGAGAUCUUGAAACCGAGUCACCGUGCAGCGCAACCUGAUACUUUCGUUACUUGUAAAGAGAGAAAGAGAGAGAAAAAGAUAAUAUUUGUUCGUAGUCAGCCGACAGACGGUUGAGAUACGGUAUUUUCUUAUUGGACGGCAACGUUUCGGCCCUGCGAGAGAAAGAUAGAGCGAACGAGAGAGAAAGAUAGAGGAUGUUAGAGAAGAUGAAGGUUCUUGUUAUAUUAAAUCGCGAAAUGGACGAGGGGAGUCGUUUUAAUUUAUUGGAAGAUGUAGAAACGAAGAGAACAAGGAACGGAAGAUGCUUAUAAGCUCUGAAGAUUAUUAUAAAUAAAGUUAAAUGAUUAUACUUUGUUAUGGUAGUUUUAUGCAUUAUUUUCUGGGUUUUCAUUUUUCUAACACGAACGAAACAGCCGCGACUCGUUCCCCUUCAUUUCUUUUCUUUUUUUUUUUUUUUUCUAAUCAACGUACACGUAUUGUAUUUGUACAUAAUUGUUGUUUGUAACGAGAGAAAUGUAAGGAGCCCUGAGAAUUUUCAUCGAAACUGUUCUUCGUCCUUUUCUUUUCGAAAUUUGAAAAGAAAAAUGAAUUCCAUUUUUUCAUUUAUGACUUUUUUGAUAUUGCAUUGGGCAAUUUUUCAAAAUUUUGUUGAUCGACAAAUUUGCGAAGAACGUGGAAGUAUAUCUUUGCUUUUCGAAAAUGAAAAAAAGAAAAUCGAACAUAGAGGUAUAAGAAACAGAAUAUCGAAGCGAUGAAACGGCAAUAAGUUAGUAUCGUAUAGUACAUGCGUUUGAAAUUAUAGUGAAAGAACGAAUCGGUUUUCGUCGCAUUGUUUUGCAACUAUACUACUUUAUAAGUGAUUCGUGGAUAACUAACAUAAGCGUUGAUUGAUUUAUUAUAACAAAAUCGUGAAGUUGAAUAGUAGCGACCGAUACUCUAUGCAAACAACUAUAACGAUAAUCGACUAACAAAAUUUUCGGGGCUGCCAAUACUAACACCAAAACGUACAAAAUUUUUCAUCACACUUACAAGCGAACUGUUCAAUAGUUGAUCAACUAUAAAUAAGAUACUACGGCUAACAAUCGCUGCUUAGGCAUAAUACGAGUAAGUCCGAAGAAGGAACGAGAAAAAGAGCAAAGAAAAAAGUAAUAUAGUGGCGACGAGUAGCGGUGAAAGUGGAAAGGAGAAAUUGAUUUAACAGAAAGAAAUAAAAAAAGAGGCACGAUAAACUAAAAAAAAAAAAGGACAGAGUUACUAACUAUAAUUGUAUAGUACUGAUUAUCGUACAAAUUAUUGUCUCCAGACUUUUAAGAUAAAGAAAACAAAACAAAAAAAUGAAACGAUACCGUCGUCGCUUGUCACAGGACCUGCCCUCGUCGGAUGUGCACCCAGUCGACUUACUACUACUACUACUAUUGCUACUAUUUAUUGCUCCUGUUACUGCUGUUAUUAUUGCUAUUGUAACACUUAAACACUAACGUUUGUACUUGCAUCACAGGGAACGCACGCAGAAGAAACACACACGAUACACGACACAAUCGUACGAUCGAUCGAGAAGUAUAGUUGUUUAACUAUAAACGUAUAGUUCAGAAUUCGAGGCACUAUCAUUUUUUGGAUAUAAUAAUUUCACUGGCAGUUAACAUGCUUUGUGAUGAAAAUAGUUGAAAUUAGUUACCAGUAUAGUUUGGAGGUAUAGUUGAAAUUGUAUAGUUUGAAACUUACUUACAAUUAGUUUUGAAUUUGUAUAAGAUUGGAGAAUAGUGUAGUCCAGUGAAAUGGUGAACCAUAACAAUGAUUUAAAAUAACUUUGCAUUCAAUUACAAUUAAUGAUUAAAUAUAUGUUCAUUAUUUGAUUUAAUCAUGUCAACUACCAUCAACUAUAUCAAAUUUUUACAACUAUUCCAUACAAGCAACGAAAGAUAAUUUCCCUAAAAGGUAUCUCCAGUUAGGUGCACCAACCUUCAGUAUCAACUGAGAAGGAAUUAUUAAUAAAUGAUGAGCAACUAUACUAUCAAAACUCGAUCAGUUGUACAAUACACGGUACACCCCAGCGUGCACCUGUUCGAAGAACACGAAAAAGUUAACCUAAAAGCGCGUCUCGUAUCUUCUACUUAGCAUUUACUAUACCUAACUAUUAUAAAGACGUACUACUACUGUAAAGUAUCGAAAUUAAUUGUUAAAAAAUUGAGAAAUCGGUGUGAAAUUAGAUGAAACUGGGCGUAGGCUCUUUUCUUUUCGUAUUUUUCUUUAGACGUAAGCGCGCGUAAGAAUUAUUCUCGAAAAUUCGUGGUCGGGACACAGAGUCGGCCAUAUUGGAAUGAAAGAACUAUUUAACGAAUUGGUGCUUUGGAAUGUAUUAGACUGAAAAAAAAUUAUUGUUGUACGUUUUAGAUGAAAACGAAAAAAAAAACAACUGAAAAAUCGAGGAAUUACACUUGAUUGGGAGUUCUUUUGCUCCGUAUUCAAUUAAUAAUUGGUAAAUAAUGAUUUCUAUUUGGAGCGUUUUAUAUAUAUACAAUAUAUAUUAUAUAUUCGCUAGGUUGCACACACAUACACACACAAACACAUUACACUAUAUAUUGCGAACAGUGAUGGGAAUCAAAUCGCCUUUUGUGAUCGGAAAGUUGUUUCUAAGAAAGUUAUUUUAAAUCAGUUAUCGAUACUUCGAUGUGUCCUUUUCGUUCCAAGCGACGGAUAUCGAUGUAUCGAUCUGCGAAAUUGAACAAAAUAAAAAAUAUCGACCGAAUUAUUGCAGAUAUUGCUGCGGUAGAAGAGAAAAAAGAAACGUUUGUGAUUCUAGUAGGUUAGGUUUGUUAGAUUCGAUUGUAUUUCGAAAAUUAUCGAGAUUAAAUUCUUUUUAGAGGGUAUAUUCGUUAACGUCAAUUCAGUAUUUCGCGGCGUUGUUCCUGUUUUUUCGUAAAUGUCGAUCUCGAACGUUCGAACGUGUUUGCGUGGGAAUAUUCAAACGCAUACAUCAGCGGUCCUCAAUUUCUCUAAUAUUGCGCUAUAUUUGAUCGAAAGAAAAUUGUUUUUUAUUGCGAUACGCUUAAAGAAAUUAUAUUGUUCGUACAAAAUUCGUUUUUCGAAAAAACGAGCGUUCGCGACUAUAAAAUUGAGAACCGCUGAAACCGUUUGAUGAAAGGAAAAAUUUCUAUCGUCGUUGCAAUUUUCUUCGCGGUUAUUAGGUGUACUUUGGACUGAGUAUUUGCAAAUACAUAGUUUGAAUAAUUUGCGAAUUUUUUAUAAUUAAUAGUAGGCGAAUUUUCAAUUAGACGAAUGUUGAAAAGGGAAGUGGAUAAGAAAAAAAAAAAAAUGUUCGCGUUACGAUUCCCAGCACUAACUUUUCACACGUGUGUAUACAACAUGAACGUGCGAAUUUAAAAAAAAAAAAA